UAGCCAUUAAUUUCGAACAAAAAUGAACUCUCCUGUUGAAUAUAAAACCGGGAACGCGUCUCCACACACCAUCUAUUUUCACACAUUUCUCUCUUCUCUUCUCUCGCUUCCUUCUUGAAAAUGGAGAUAUCAGUUACAUCCAUCGUAUUCUCCUUUGUUUUUGCGGCCCUUUUAGCUUCUGUAUGGUCUUUUCUGGAUUGGAUUUGGUUGAAGCCGAAGAAGCUGGAGAUGUUGCUGAGACAACAAGGUUUCUCUGGCAACUCAUACAAACUUCUUCACGGUGACACAAAAGAGAUGUUCAUGGUGUCAAAACAAGCAAAAAUCAGACCCAUCAACCCCAUCUCCCACGAUAUUGCGCAGCGAAUCAUUCCAUUCCACCAUCGUAUCAUCACGAACUACGGAAAGAAUUCGUUCAUAUGGUUAGGUCCAACACCAAGCAUAAACAUCACGGACCCCAAAUUGAUAAGAGAAAUAAUGUUAAGGUAUGAAAUAUUUCAAAAACCCAAGAGGAGCCCACUUGGCAAGUUGGUAUUCAACGGCAUGCUGAUGUAUGAGGGUGAACAAUGGUUCAGAGUCAGAAAGACAGCCAACCCAGCUUUCCAUCUAGACAAGUUGAAGGUUUUUCUUCUUUCUAUCCUCCAAUACUCAUGAAAUUAUCUUACCAAACAGAAUGAUAUAAUUAUGUGGUGCCCAUUCAAAGAUAUACAAUCUUUGAUUUCUAAUGAAAGUAAUGCUUUUAUUAUUUCAUUUCACCUACAUCUUGAGUCAUGAUUUAAAGAUUGAUUGGACCGUAUCCUGAUAA